AUGAUGCAAAUGCAGAUCUUUUAUAUUCUACAAUUAAUAUAUUUAUUACAAAGCCAGUGGAUUAUUAAUGCAUAUCCUACUGAUGCAACUAAAUUAAAAAAUAUUCAAGAAAUCAACUGUUCUCAAUAUAAAACUGAUUCUGAUAUUAUUAGGAAAUUAUUUCCAGAUAUUCAACUUAAUGCAAUGUCACCUGACCGUUCCAUAACAUCUGCAUUACUGAAUACGAAUGAUAGAGUUAAUUUUACAAAAAUUGUUAACGAAACAACUUGUAUUCCUUCGACUAUUUUUUGUUUUGAAGAUUUAGAGACAUUAAUUAUAGAAAAUUCACAUUUUUGUGAUUCCAAACGACGAAAUUAUUUACCAGAACAAAUUAUAAAAUUAAAAAAACUUACAACAUUACAAAUAUCUCAUGUUAAUUUUAUAUCUCUUCCUAAUAUAAUUGGGAAGCUAUCGUAUUUAACAGAUCUAACAAUAUCUUAUGUUAAUCUUAUAUCUCUUCCUGAAACAAUUGGGAAUCUAUCCUCUUUGCAACGUUUAUCAAUAUUCAAUACUCAUUUAAAAUCUUUACCAAAAACUAUAUCGAAUCUUAAAUCUUUAAAAAAAUUAAUGUUACAAAACAAUUCAUAUCUUCAUUCUAUAAAAGAAAUUGAUGGCCUGCCUGCUCUUCACACCUUAGAUGUACGACAUUGUUCAAUUCAAGAUCUUCCUCGUAAUUUACCAAAAUUAAUGAAUUUCUAUAUGCCUUACAAUAAUCUAACAGCUCUUGGUUCUGAUAUUAAAACAUUAAUUAAUAAAGCAAAUAAAAACCAAAAUUUUCAAUUUGAUAACAAUCGUAUUACAUCAAUUACACCAGAAAUUCGACAUCUUCAUACUCUUUCUCAACUCCAUCUUGAUCACAAUCAAUUACAUACCCUUCCCAAAGAUAUUUUCGAUAUGACGAAGUUAACUGAUUUAUACUUACGAAAUAAUCGUUUUAGUCCACAUCGAAUACACGACUACAGAAACGAAUUCAACAAAAGAAAUUCAAAGUUAAAGGUAUAUUUUAAUUAG